UUUUCUAAACAUAUGGAGCCAUAAGCCUUCACUGGCUUCAAAUAUUCUCAAUGUGAAGGCUGUGCGUUACCAGAAUCUCAUAUCCAAGGACUUCACAUCUAUUCCUAGCAGUUUAUGCGGAACCCAGGGUUGUUUGAGCUUGUAAAGUCUAGAAAACCGUUCCACUGUUAGACCUCCUUGAACGACAUACAUUUCAAUAUUAUCCUUUAACAUUUUGGGGGGCUUACGGGUGUUUACAUUUACCGGUAUAUACAGUCACCGAAGUAACCGCGACAUUUUCCCUACCUAAGAGAAUUUAAGUGUAAAAGCUACGUUUACGGUAUAUUGUUAUUAAAUAUUAAAGCGUUGCCUUUUAAGACGAAGCGUGCCGGAAUAUUUGUCCAUUCCGUUCAUAUCACGACCCUGUUUUGAUGUUAACGAAAUGCCGUAAAACACCCCACCCACUCUUGUGAGGUAUGUUGCCAAACAGGUAAGUAGCUCUGCGCCAGGAGCUGUUUUUUACGUUGCUAAUCAGCUAAGCUACAGGUGAAUGGGCUACAUUAUUAUUUUAUUUGCUACCUUUUUUAUAGGUCAUGAGUUCUGUGUUAGGUCAUCUCGUCUAGUUGAUUAGUGAGUACAAUAAUUGCCACACGACAGAGAAAGGAGGUUUAUCAGCUCGUUUAUUUUAAGAUUAACAAAGUUUCCUGGUUUGGAUUGCACUUUAACACCCAGGUAACAUGCUGGCAUUUACAGAAAUAUGCCUUGGUGUACUCUCCCUUUUGCAUCUGGGAUUGGCGAGAUGCAUCCAUCACAGUACUAAUGUGCUCAUCAACAAGAGGUCGGCGGAUGUGUUCCUCUCCCGAUCCCUGCUGUUCAACAAGUGGGACUUUGAGCUGGUGGUGCCUGGAAAUCUGGAGCGAGAGUGCUACGAGGAGGUCUGCUCAUAUGAAGAGGCCAGAGAAGUGUUUGAGGAUGACAAGAAGACGGAAGAAUUUUGGAAGAACUAUGUCAAAGCUCACAACAGUCAUGAGUCUACUCCUUUGGAUGUGCCUGCUUUGGUGUCCGGGAUCUUGGCAGCUGUAAUCCUUACUGUUAUUGCCAUUGUGCUUGUCUGCUACUUUUACAAAAACAGGGGUAAAUCCUCUCAGCAAAGAGGCAGUGUGCCAGUGCAAAUGGCUGUAGAUGGGCACCCUACACAGGAGUCAGUGCCUCUGACUAACAUCACCGCGCCGGGUCUGCCCUCGUACAACGAGGCCCUGACCCACAGUGGGCAGCAUGAUGCGCCUCCACCUCCCUACUCAGGAGGGACUCCAAUGACCCCUUCUGCCCCUCCUGGACAACAGGAAGAAGAAUGAGAUUGGGAAAGAUCUGCUGCAGAAAGGGACCACAAUGACUUCAUUUGCACCUCCAACAGGAAGAUUGACUUAGAAAAUGCAGAUAUGCCACCUUAACCUAGUUAAAAUGACACGGGUGGAGGUGGAUGUUAGGAGUAAUAUGUGCUUUUAGAUUUUUAUUUUAUGUUAUUUGUGUGUGUGUGUGUGUGUGUGUGUGUGUGUGUGUGCGUGCACGUGCGUGCAUUUGUAGCCUGUAGUGAUUACAUGUAUACCAGCGUUUAAAGACAUGUAAAGGGAAGAGUAAUAACUGCAUUUCAGUCCAAAAAAAAUGGGGUUUUUUUUACAUUUUUCUGUCAGCACAGCUUUGAAGUUUUCUAUAUUUAAUAUUUGAUUUGUAUUUAAUUUUAGCUCAACUGAUCACUUUUAUUAUCCCCUACAGAAGACAAAUAUCCCCAAACAACUGU